AUGGCGACCUAUUCGCAGGUAGACCAUGCCUAUAUGGCUGGCGACCGUGGCGAGCCGCUUCAUCAGGGACAACCCCUCGAACAACCCGCUCCCCUAGUCCACCAGGGAGAUCCAGCACAGAUUCCUCUCAUCUGUUACUCUUGCGAGAAGCAGCAGAGAUUCUCCGACCUUUCUCACCUUCUGACGCAUGUUAGCUCUAAGGCGCACUUGUUGGAGCUCCACAACUUGCAAAUCAUCAGUCAGAUCGAUGAAGCUGCCGCUAUGCGUUGCCAACAGUUUGACAUAUGGUACAAGACGUAUAACAUCCAGCAAUUAGUUUUACAACGUAUGGAGGCACGUGGCGAGAAGGGUGCGCAGCUGAGCCGACGAAGCCAAACCCCAAGAGAUUCACCUAUGAGCCGCCCCACAACACGUCGCGGUGGCCGUGGAAGCCGUGGCGGCCGUGGCAGUCGUGGCCGUCGUGGGGAUGCUAACUCCCGCGGUCGCGGUCGCGGUCGCAGAGUCCAGGAUAUUACAGGCCUUAAGUAUGAGCCGGAUGAGGGAAUGGCCUAUUUAGGCGCGUACAAUGGCGUGGAAAACAAUGCUAUCCAAUCUUGGCCGAAUCAGCUUAACGCGUUAAUGCCUAACGAGGGGGACCUGGAUAUGAUGUCCCGUGGCGAUUUCGAGAGUGUCAGCGACGAAAACAUCUCUGUCAAAUGCGCAUCAUCAGAGGGGAGCCCGUCGGACAUCAUCACUGACAACAUUGAGAUGCAGGAGGUCGACGCAGGUAUUCCAUCCCUCAAAGGCACAGUCUUCCCUGGCAUGGGUCUCUUUGAUGCAGCUGAAGAGGAGCAGCGCCGCAAACGAAACCAACGAAAACCUCCCGCCGUCCUUCAGCAGCUUGAGAUAAAUUCAACGUUAGUAAGCACGGAUGAGAAUGUGUUCGAUGUCAACCUUGACCACCAACGAACUCGGGAUGUUUACGAUGAUCCAUCAACGGAUGAGGAUGAAGACGCUGAUGAAGAGGAAGACGAAGAGGAUGAUCUAGUAAUGAAACCCAGACGCCGAGGUCCUCAAACCCGUGCAGCCACGGCUGCAAAGAAGACUAGACAUGCUGCCAUGUCUCGUGAUACUCGUAUCACACGUUCUAACCGAGUAACCACACAGGGCGCGCAGCUCAGAUUCCUCCCUCUAUCAGAUGACACUACAGUAGAGCGCCGUCGAGCUUCAGACACUGGCAGACGAAUGACCAGAUCAUCAUUUACACAUGGUUCAAUGCCACAGGCACAGACACAAGCACAGCUGCCGCUCCACAGUCAUGGAUUUCACGGCGAUAUUGGUCUUUACCAUGACCCGUUGAACAUGGACGCUGGAUUAGGUUGGGAUUUAUUCCCACCCUUCGCCGCAAACACGCCGGCUAACACUGAACAGAUCCUGCCACCAGUCCUUCCGGAAAACGGAGACGGCAGUGAGUCAUGGCAAAUGCCUCUCCAAUCCUCAUACAUGGGACAUGGACUCACUUUUCCUGACAGUCACGACCGCUUGCCAGGCCUCGCUUUGAGACCGGGCAACCCCAACCUUUCGUUCGCGUCCUCAAAUGCCGUCGCGAAACGAUCGCCGACCUCCUCCCAUUUCGGCGGAAAGGAGAACGAAAACAUGGGCUUGAAGCAAGCAGCCGCGCCCUCUAACCCUUACUUGCAGACAGCUACCUCUGCCCCAGGGGAGAAUUACAACCCUCUUUAUGUCCAGCCACGAGAUGGACUUGGAUUUAACAUGUACUCGUAUGAUGAGAGUGCAAAGCCGGCAAUGGCCACAAGCUUCCAGCCUAUCAGCAACCAGGGCGUGUUCAGUCCCCUACAGAUGGCACCACAGCAUAGUGCAGCCUACUCUUCAACCCAAGGAGGCGGCGACUUCGACCUCUAG